AUGAUGGACAAACUUGAAGACAUGGAGAGUUUUUUGAAGAAUGUUGACAACAUAAGUGAGUUAGUGAAGGAUCUAAAGUCUUCUGAUGUCGAAGUCCAGCAAAAAGCAAUAAAGACAGCCGAUUGCUAUAUCGCUGCCUUGGAUGAACCCUGUAGGACAAAAGUCAACAAGACUACAAUCAACACGGACCCACUUCAGCCUUCCUUGGAUCUGCAGAAUGACAGUCCAGAGACUUUCAUGAAGAUUAUGGAGAGAGAUGCUGAAGACAGGAGAGUAAGGAGGAAUGAAAAAGCAAAAAAGGCAACCGAAUUCAAAGACAAGGGAAAUGAAGCGUAUGCCCAAAAAGACUAUGAAACUGCAAUGAAGUAUUACAGUGAUGGCUUGGCAGAACUGAGGGACAUGCAGCCAUUGUACACCAACCGAGCACAAGCCUACAUCAAGCUGGGGAGAUACAAGGAGGCCAUCAGUGACUGUGAAUUGGCCCUGAAGUGUAAUGAGAGGUGCAUAAAGGCUUACCUACACAUGGGGAAAGCAAAUCGAGCGUUAAAGAAAUAUAAGGAGUCCAGAAACUGCUUUCAAAAGAUUGUGGAAAUUGACCCUCUAAUGGAGAAGAUGGUGAAAGAAUACCUGGACCAGGUUAAUUUAGAAGAGGGAAGAGAGAAUCAGGAGAUGAAUGCAAGACAAGAGUUUGACAAGGGAGAGGGGAAUGGACCAAGAGUGCCCCAGCUGCUGGAGAAGUUUUCAAGGCCUGGCCAGAUUCCUUUGUACUACUCUGGAGGAUUGGAGAUCCUGGCACAAGCAGUUACUGAUUGUACAGCCCAGACCCUUUUCCGACUGAACAAUGGCUUUAGUGUCAUCAGCAGCAAUGACACGGUGAGAAGUUGUCUGUUGCAGGAAACAAAGGAUCCAGACAGCCAGGAGUUGUGUGCGUCUGCUCUAAAAUUAUGGAGGGUUAUUUGUUGUGGAAACGAUGAAAACCAGAAAAUGUUGAUGACAUUCCCACUCAACAGACAGUCCAUUGUUCACUUGAUAACAUCAGAGCAUGUAGCAGUGCACAAAGAAUGCCUGGCAUUACUAUGUGUGUACUCACGGAUGCCACAUGGAAGACAUUUGGCCAUCGACAACCUGAAUGUGCCAAUGUUAGUGAAGAACCUCAUGGCGUGCAUCUCAAAGCCAGAGCAGCAGCAGCAGAACACAGCAGUGGACAUUCUGCAGAACUUUGCAGCAGAAAACAAAUUUUGCAUUCAGUUAAGGGACGUGUUGACAAACUCCGUCAUUGUGCCAUUUACAAAAUUACUGAGAAAUAUCAGCAAGACCAAUCGGCAUGUCCUUGCAUCGCUGAUAUCGGCGAUUGGCUGUCUGGCUCGAGAUGACGUCAUCUGCCACAGUUUGGCUCAUGAUCCAGAAUGUUGGAAGACUUUUGUGGUCGCCAUUAGGCAGUGCAGUGCUUGUGAAUACAAGGAGCUAAUUUACCCAAUGCUUGGUUUGAUCAUCAACCUUUCAGCUAUCACAUCCCCAAUCAUUCAGGAGCAUGCUGUUUCACUCUGCAACUGCUGCCUGGGUCUUCUGAGGGAUAGUGAUGGAGGAGUGAUAACUAGAGCCACAGGUGUGCUGAGCACUGUCCUCCCUCAGUCCCCUGAGGCCGUUCAGCAUGUUGUUGAGGGGGGUGCGAUCCGGACCAUGCGCUUGAUAUUGAAGGGAACCGGGCAGACUGCUACCAAGUAUGCCAUUAAGACUCUGACAGUGUGCACUGCUGCCAGUCAAUUGGCACGGGAGGAGCUGGUGAAGUCUGAUAAAAAACUGUCUAUUUUGUGUCAUUUGCUGGCUUCCAGCCGUGAUGAGAUGGUGUCAGGAAAUGCAGCCCUGUGCUUGGCCCACUGCCUUGAAUUGGAGGGAAUUGGCAGCACCCUGCUCGGCACUGAUAUUGUGCUGCUCCUGCUGCGCCAUGCAGCAGGAGACGCGAAGAGGACAUCUGUGCAGCAAAAUGCAGCGAUUGCUCUGGGGAAGCUGUGUCGAUCCGAGCCCAGACAUAAGAACAAACUUCGAGAACUUCAUGGCUUUGAGAUCCUGCACUCCUGUAUGAAGCUCACCACAUGGACGCCAUAG